GACCGGUUUUGGCUCCUCAGGGUUCUGCUCACGUGCGCAGGGCGGGCUGGGGCCCCAGAGCCGGCGCCUCCCGGUUCCCCGACCGCCAUGGAGCGGCUGACGUUGCCCGCCGGCAGCGCGGCGGCCGUGGACGAGUACAUGGAGUACCGGAGAAUUGUUGGUGAGGAUGAUGGAGGGAAACUUUUUACUCCUGAAGAAUAUGAAGAAUACAAAAGAAAAGUCUUACCUAUGCGUUUACAGAACAGAUUAUUCGUGAGCUGGCGAUCACCAACUGGAAUGGAUUGUAAACUUGUGGGUCCAGAGACACUGUGUUUUUGUACCCAUAGGUAUAAGCAACAUAAAACUGACUUUGAAACGAUUCCUCAGCAGCGCCCCAUCAGUCUGCCUUGUCAAGUGACGGGCUGCCCAUGCAGGGCUUACCUCUACGUGCCUCUGAAUGGCAGGCAGCCCAUUCGCUGCAGGUGCAAGCACUUUGCUGAUCAGCAUAGUGCUGGGCCUGGCUUUAUGUGCAAUGCCUGUUCUCAGUGUUCAGGAUUCCAUAGCUCCUUCACUUGUGCUUGUGGUCAGCCUGCAUAUACCCAUUACACAGUAGUGGAAACUAAGGAAGAAAGACUGGCUCAGAGAAAACCGGUGGGACGGGACGUUCCUUAUGCAGCAAUGGGAGGAUUAACUGGCUUUAGCUCGCUGGCAGAAGACUACAUGCGAUUAGAUGACAGUGGAAUUGGUGCACCUUCAGGUGAAUUUUUAGACUCUCCAGUUACAGCCAUGGACCACCCAUUUCUAAAAGCAUUUCAAGCAUCAUCUAGCUCUUCUCCAGAAACACUAACAGCUGUAGGUACAAGCAGUCAAGUUUCUUCCUUAAGGAAACCUGAAGAGGACGAUAUGGCUUUCUUUGAAAGACGAUACCAGGAAAGGUAGCCAGGUUAUGGAAGCAACCUAAAUGCCCGUGGAGAGACGAAUGGAUACAGAAGAUGUGGUACAUAUAUACAAUGGAAUAUUACUCAGCCAUGAAAAGGAACGAAAUUGGGUCAUUUGUUGAGAGGUGGAUGGAUCUAGAGACUGUCAUACACAGUGAAGUAAGUCUGAAAGAGAAGAACAAAUAUCGUAUAUUAACUCAUAUAUGUGGAACCUAGAAAAAUGGUACAGAUGAACCAGUUUGCAGGGCAGAAAUUGAGACACAGAUGUAGAGAACAAAUAUAUGGCCACCAAGUGCAGAAAGCUGCGGGGGUGUGGGGGUGCUGGUGUGAUGAGUUGGGCAAUUGGGAUUGACAUGUAUACACUGAUGUAUAUAAAGUUAAUGACUAAUAAGGACCUGCUGUAUAAAAGAAUUUUAAAAAAUUAGGGAAGAGGAAGAGGAGGUGUUUUUGCUUUUUGGAUAAUGUAUUAGGUGGAUGUGUUUGCUAAGUACUAUUUGAAAUGAGUAAACGCUGCUUUAGCUUUUGUUGUUUAGCAUAUUUGAUCUUUUUUGAUGUUACUGCAAAUGUAACACUUGGCCGUAAAUGAGAGGAGUAAGGGGAUUAGCAUUUGAGUGCUUAUUAAGUACCUAGAUUUAUAUGUGUGUGUGUGUGUGUGUGUGUGUGUGUGUGUAUGUGUGUAUAUAUGUGUAUAUAUAUGUGUGUGUAUAUAUAUAUAUAAAAUCUUAUUUAAACCUUUAGAACAACCUUAUUACAUAGUGCCUAUUACUAUGACUUUUUUACAAAGGACAAAACUGUUGGUUAGUAGUUUGCCUCAGAUGGUUAAUCAACAGUAGAGGUAGGAUUCAGGUAUUCUUCUGACUCCGAGGCCCAUAAUCUUUGCCUCAGAACAAAGUGUUCUUUGGGGGUCCUCCAGAUGACCUGUUGACCUUUACAGUGUACAAGAGUGAUAUGAGUGUACGAUUUUUAUUUAUUUAUUUUUUUGGCCGUGCUGCGCAGCAUGUGGUAUCUUAGUUCCCUGACCAGGGAUCGAACUCGUGCACACUGCAGGUAAGUGUGGAAUCUUAACCCUGGACCGCAAGGGAAGUCCCGAGUGUAUGAUUUUUGAAUGAGGUUCCCAGCCAACUCAAAGAGGAGAGAGAGAGGGAGAAAAUGGGGAAGAGACAGAGGUGAGAUUCAUUCACUUUUAUUUUUAGGAGGUUACUUGCAGUUUGGUGAGAUUGGGUAGACUGGUUUUGCCAGGCCUCUUCUGGUUUCUUUGUAUUAUUCCCGUCAUAUUAGGAAGCAAGAGGCCUUGCCUCCACCCACCAUGCCCCAUAUUUUCUCUCCCCUUCUUUUGCAGGGGUAAGGCAGUGGUGCUGCCUUGGAAUUGGUGUGUGUGAGUGUGAGUGGCAGUAAAAGGAACGUGGGUUUUGUGUUCUAUGGAGUCUUUUUUUUUUUUUCCCCCAAGGAAAGGAUUUAUAUGUUUCUGAAAGAUCAGAAGGCUCUUGCUUAGGGUAUGCAAGCUUCUUCUUUGUUUCAGUUACAGUGGAGAAGGACAACCUUCAGGAAGGUAACUGUUGAAAUGUAGAAAUCAGAAUUAUAGGUAACUGUCCUUUAAGCAGUAUGUGUUCCAGAGAUAAUCCAACUGGAUUAGGUGUAUCCUGUAACGCUGUAGGGAAUGUGCAUAGGCUGGAUGUAAGGUUAGGCAUUUAAGCUUUUCUUUUUUUAAACUUUAGUGGCAAUUAAAAUUAAUUUAAUCAUUUCUCCAAAGCAAUAUUCAUUAUAUGUUAUUUUUGUUAAAAUGCUUUUGUAAAGUUGAAAUCAAACAGUACUAGAUGACUUUUUAAAAAAAAUUUAUUUAUUUAUUAUUUUUGGCUGCGUUGGGUCUUCGUUGCUGUGUGCAGGCUUUCUCUAGUUGUGGCGGCUUCUCUUGUUGCGGGGCACGGGCUCUAGGCAUGUGGGCUUCAGUAAUUGCAGUACGUGGGCUCAGUAGUUGUGGCUCGUGGGCUCUAGAGCACAGGCUCAGUAGUUGUGGCACACAGGCUUGGUUGUUUCACAGCAUGUGGGAUCUUCCUGGAGCAGGGCUCGAACCUGUGUCCCUGCAUUGGCAGGUGGAUUCUUAACCACUGCGCCACCAGGGAAGUCCCUGAUUACAUUUUUUUUUUUUUUGUGGUAUGGGGGCCUCUCACUGUUGUGGCCUCUCCCGUUGCGGAGCACAGGCUCCGGACGCGCAGGCCCAGCGGCCAUGGCUCACGAGCCCAGCCACUCCGCGGCAUGUGGGAUCCUCCCAGACUGGGGCACGAACCCAUGUCCCCUGCAUCAGCAGGCGGACCCUCAACCACUUGCGCCACCAGGGAAGCCCCUGAUUACAUUUUUAAUUAAAAAAUUUUGUCAUUCUUUGACUGUGUUUGAGAUACGCACACACACACACACAUAUUCACACACACAUACUCAUACACUGAGAUAGAGACAGAGCCCUUGACAGGACCCCUCUCUGCAGGGUUCUCGCUUUUGUGCUCAUUCUCUGAGUCCUCUGUUCAGUCAGCAGUCCUCAAAUCUCUCCCGUGUGCUGGGCUAUGUGUGUGAAGGGGUGUGUGUGUGUGUAAGUGAGACUCUCUGCCUCUUCCCCCUCCCUCUGACCCAUUCUCUCUCUGUCUCUAAGGUGUUAAUGAAGUCUGCCCUGUCUCUGAGAGAGAAGAAGAGAGGAAACACAGGAGGGAGAGGAGUUGGGAGCUUGCAUACCCCAACAAACCAUAUUUUAAAAAUGCAGUUAGGUCCCUUCAACAAUCAGAUUGUGGCUUUAGUAUUUAGCAGCUUAAUAACCACUAGGUGUGUAAAAUGGCUGUGAUAAAUAAGACAUGAACCCAAAUGAGGUAUGUGCAACCUUUUUUUUCUUUAGUAUGCUUUACAAAUUAUUAUAUCAACAAAUAUUUUAAAUUUUCAGAUAAAAAUGGAAAAGGCUGCUAAGCAGAAAGGAAAAGCACCAUUGCCAUCAACUACAAAAUCUUCAUGAAGACUACUGGGGAAAUUAAAACCAGCAUCCAAAUAUGUCUUUUGUGUGUUAAUUAUUUAAGUAUAAUGAUACAAUUUAUUUUUCCUCAAAUAAUUUACCUCUUUUUCUGUGUAAAAAUACCUUUUUGAAUGUUUCCUUAAUUUAUUUAAGUGAAAAUACCUUAUACUACUUUUGUCAAAAUUCAUGAUUUAUUACUUUAUAUAAACUUUUUAUCUCUCCUAACAAAUGAGGUUAUUUUUAUAUUAGCGAAAAGCUUAAAGUAUGGUAAAUAUUUUUAGUUUAUAAUAGUUUAACUUUUUCAGGCUAUUUUAAAAAUUAAAGAUGUUAUUGAGGGUUUUGAACAAAUAUAUUUCAUUCAAAAUAGUUACAUGA